GAAACCAGAGUAGCUGGAGAAAACCCACGCUCAUAUGGGAUGGACGUGUUAACCCUGUAAGUACACACCAACAGGCGCUACUGGGCUUAAACUGGUUAAUGCAAUUCUCGCUGUAUGGAUUGCAUUAACCACUCUUCCACCGUGUGGCCUUCAACGUAUUUGAUUUUCCUGACCAUCCUUGUUAGAUAACCAGACCGAGAGCCCUUCUCCUCCAAAUAAGAAGUUGUGAAUGCUGCAGUAUCAAACACCCACCCAACACCUGCUGUACUUCCUUCAGUGACGUGGAUGUGCUGCAGCAUGAAUCACUUUAAGUACUUCAGCGGUCUGAUUUCAGUUAUUCAAGAGCUUUACCCUGUAAAUCACCGACUCCGAUUUGUGUAAAAUACACUGUUCUCAUUGCAAACACAAUGCCAUUAUAGUCGUCUCUUAAACAUGUAAAUUUGUCCAUUUGUGUUACCACCCACAUCCAAUAGAAAGAAUUUAAUGUUCAACAUUUCAGCUGAAUAAAUGUUUGAACAUUAUGGUUCUGAUGUGUAGAUUUGAACAUGGGGCUUCUCAGCCACUGGGUAUGAUACAUGUUGAAAUUAUUUUACUCCUAAUCUCAGCAGACAGAAGAGGUGUGUGUGGUAAAAAAAAAACAAAAAAAGAAAACACUGACACAACCAAGCAGCCUGAGCAACAUCUGGUGAUUUUUGGCAGUGAUGUGAGAAUGUGAGAGUGAUGUUAGUAUCUUUCUUUCUUGAAACCAUAACCUUAAAAUAUCAGGUUUUUGUCCAACAUUAUUAUUUGUUGUUUAUUAGAAAGUAGAGAAAAAAAGACACUUGAGACACAUGGAUUAUUUCGUUGUUUGUCCAAUGUGUCAGGCAAGAUUUACCUUUGGUGCCUCCAAAAUAUAAAUACGUUUUUUUCUGGUCAUACUGGAGGGUUUUCAGCUUAAACUAAGUACACUGUAAACCACUCUAAAAACUCUCUAUAUUAUUAUAAAACUUAAGCCUGCUGUUGGAAUUGUACAUGCCAUUUUUGAAUGAUAACUGAAACAAUACAUUUUAUUUAGCUUGCCAAAUGCCGAUAUAUGAAUUUAUAAGACUCUAUGGAAACCCACAUUAUGACCGUUAAGAACAACUGAAAGCGCUGCCGGCUGUUUAAAAAAAGUAAAGAUUGACAGCCCAACAGACCAAUCAUAUCUAACCAAUGCGUGAUAACCCGCCCACCUCAAUCAGCACUGGUGUUUGUUUGUUUGGAAAGCACAGGUGUUUGUAAAUGAGCUUGGCCACGGGCCGCAUUACUAGGGAAUAUUGCUGUUGACUUUUUAUCCUAUUUGUUUGUCAAGAAAGUUAUUUAUAUAGUGACGAGUUAACCCAAAUGAUGACAACUGCACCAGCUGAAAGACGAAAACCCGAGAAAGACACCAAGGAACGUGACAUGGAAACAGCGCAGUCACCAUUAAAUCGCAGCAUCUAGUUUAUAAACUCUCCUGUGACCUCGACAUGGUGGCUCUGUUAGGCCAAUAUGACUUUGUGGAUGAAGACUGGGCCUUGAAUCAAGAUUCCCAUACAGUCCUGUUGGAGCUAGUGAUUGACAGACUACUGCUGCUUCUUCAAGGCUUCAGUUUGUACAUUCAUCACAUGUGUCAAAGUCAACGGAGAGAGCAGAGCCAGAAGAAAGGAUCUCUGUCACUUGGUUUUGUGGUCAAAAACUACUGGAGGAAUUUAGUACAUUUUGUCAGUCUUAAGGUUAUUCAAAAAGACAAUGAAGAAUGGACACACACAAUGACACAGGACUGUGAAGCGAUGGCGAUGAGCCCGAAAAGUGAUAGUUCCAGUCAUAGUUUAUCAGCCUGCUCCUCAACAAGUGCUUUUAGCUCUUUACCACAGAGCCAGGUGCCCUCUAGUCUUUCACACAGUUCCCAAUCCUCACCAAAGGUUUACACCUGCAGUGCUGGCUGCCAGACAGUCGAAUCAUCCAGUCCCUGCAAGGUGUGUCGUCAAGUGCAAUCUAUUUUGAAAAAGACAGGAAAUUCUUUGGUGGAGAUCUUCCUGAGAGAGGGUCUACCCUCUUCCAUACGGCCCGUGUUGGCUGCCAUGAAGGACACUUUAGAGCUGGGCCGUAUGACCGAAAUGGAUGUCACCCAGUGGACCAAAGAACAGCUCAGGGACAUGCGCCGAUUGGGAGAACAUCUACAAAAUGUACGCGAUACAGUAGAGCCUCUCAAAGGAAAGGUGUCAGCAGCAGAGGCAGAGAAGGAGAAAUUGAAGAAUCAAGUGGAAAGAGCACAGAAAGAAUUAAAAGAGCACACAGAAAGAAGUCUGAGAAACGAGAAGACCAUUAACAAACUGGAGUUGAGACUUAAGGAAACCCAACUAUCUAUUGAAGCUGCAGACCAAAGGCUACGAGAAAAUCAACAGCACUAUAAAAAAGAACUCUUUUCCUUGGAGGACCACAACGCCACAUUAAAAGAGACAUUUUCAGCACAGCAAAAUACAUUAAAGGCACUCGAAUGUGAAAAGAUUGCAUUUGAGGAGAAGGUAAAGGUAGGAAAUGAGGCCUGUUGUCAACUGCAACAAAAGGUAGAGCAAGUGGAGAGUCAACUCUCCAAAACCCAGAUGCUUCUGGACAAAGAAUGUGCCAAGUAUCGCAGCACAUGCCAACAGCAAGAGUCAGUCGUGACAAAGCAGACAUUCUUGUUGGAGAGAGUUGAUGCACUUGAUAAAGAAUGUGAAGAGCUGCAGAGGCAAUUGGAAGAGAGGGAGGAGAGACAUGUCACUCUACAGACAAAGCUCCAACAAAUGUCAACAGAGAAGGAGCUGCUGCUGGUUGAGCUCACUCAACAGCGGGAUGGCAGUUUAGAGCUUCAAAAAGAGAACCAGAAGCUGGAAUCAAGCAUAAUUGAGCUGAAUGAAAGCAAGGCUGAGCUGAAGGCUUAUGCAGAGGUUUUGAUGGAGAGGGAGAGGCUGCUGGUAGCUUUCCCUCAGCUUUCUCUCCAACCUCAAGCCCAACCAGAGAGUACUGGAGAUGUAAUUUUGGAUAUGGAGUUGCAAAUGCAAGCGAAUUGCCUCCGCAUGCUAGUUCUGCAGCAGGAAAAUGCCAACCUGCACAGUACACUUGAAAAACUAAGAGAUAGGAUGCACAGUACAUGCCCAAUGGAACCUUCACCUGGGCAGAAAUCUUUCCAGCAAACUGAGCAGACACUAGCACCGCAGUUUGUUACAACACACCUCACACCUCAUGUACUUUGGACAAACGGUAAAAACCUAGAAGACACACAGCAAAAGGAAAGAAGUCUGAACCUAACCAGAUCAAAGGGUUGUGUUUCUCCAACCGAUGCCUUGUUUGCUCAAAUGGACCGACAAACCCUGAACCUCAACAUGGCAGACUCUGUUCUAUCUAAAAUCCAUACAAAUGCUUUCAAUCCUAACGCUGCUUCUAACAGAGGUUGGAAGCAGAGUGGGAAAUAAACUGUGUGCUCUUGGAUAAUACAAAACAAAUGAUAGUGAAACUUACAAUAUGAUAAGUUGAUGCUAUAGAGUAUUAGGCCUGUGGCUGAUAAUGUGAUCACAUCAAGGACCGAGUCAAAGAAACCUGCAAGCGUUUGUUUUGAAGGGCAUUUAAUCAAUAUCUGUCCAGCAGUUUCUCAGUGACCAACAAUGACAAAGUUUGUAUCGAUUUCAACUCUUUUAUUAGGUGGUGAAAUUAAGUUUAAUACAAAUUAAACCCCUCAAAUUUUAAAGUCACUGCUUUGUUAUCAAAAAUAAUUUAUUUUCAUUAUUCGACGACAACUGUAGCCAAGCUGUAUUAAUGCCCUUUGGAGUCAUUAAAAAUUUAGUGGUCUAGGCUUUAAUGCCAGGCGUGUUAUUUAUUUAUAAUAUACUGUACAAUCCUAUUUAGUUUAAAAUAGAGAGUAAUGCACUGUUUAGGAUUACAUAUUGUAAAUAAUCUGUAGCUGAACUGACCAAUAGGCACUUGGUCAGAAACUAUAAAUACAUCAAUGUACAGAAACACAGAUUUCCCAAAACCAUUCUUCUAAAGCUGACACACAAGAAGCCCAACAGUCAAUAUUAUUUUUCUUGUAAGUCUUUAUUAACAAUAUUGACAUCAGAUUAAUAAGGGCUGUGCUUGACUAGAAUUAAAUAUUUAAGAACAGCGGUCAACGUGGGAGGACAGGGUUUUCAGGUAUUAUUUGAGAGCUCAGUAUAAGAUUUGUUUCUGAAGAGCCAGAACAAUCGUCUCCAAACGGGCAUCUUGUUUUUUUUCUGGAAUGGCUUCAGUUGGGUCUCAAGUGUCUGUAUUCUGCUGGUGAGUUCACCUCUGUGUUUGUUGGUCUCCUUUUUCUGCGCGUCCAGUGCCUGAGAGGUGCUCCUGAGAGACUCCAGGAUGGAAAUCUUUUCCUGCUCCCACUGGAAUCUCUCCAGUUCCUUCUCCCUCUUUGUUUGUUGCAGUGCUGCCUCGAGGCUGGCCUUUUCCUGUGUUUGUUCCUCCAGCAGACAGGCCCUCUCAACCUCCCACUGGUGUUUUGAAUACUCCAAGGCCUUUUCUGUCUGAACCAGUGCAUUUCGGAGCAGGGCUGUCUCCUCCACUUGUCUUACCAAACAGAACUGGACCUCCUCCAUCUUCUCUGUCUCAAACUUGAGGGGCUCCUGUAGAGCCUGUAGCUUUUUGUUGGAAUCCCACUCCUCCUUUGAUAGACUGGACAAGCUGACAGUGAGGCCUGCUCUCUUCUCAGUUGUGGCGGAUAUCUGCUUCCUCAGCUCCACUACCUGCUUCACCAUGGUUAAGUUUUCAUGUUCCAGAAAGUUGAUCUGCUCAUCUUUCUCAUUCAUAAAAUCA